AGUUCCAUUUCAGAGAAAUGGCUCCAGACAAGGUGCAUGUCAUGAGAAAAAGUCCGGUUUCGGGUAUAUAUACGUCUUGAGAGGAUACUAAGGUUCAGAAUUAAUUAUGGUAACGCUGGGUACUUCGUCUACAUUAUGUUCUUUUAUUGGUGUCAUGCUACCACAACAAAUAAAUUUUGGCUACCGAGGAAAGCAAGAAGUGAAACAUGCUCGUUGUGGUGGCUUCCAAAUUAAGGCAAAUGUUAAAACCCCAAACAAGGAUGAUAAUUCUUUGAGAGUUACCACAUCUUCUACUCUGGAUGAUUUUGUGUUCCGUCAAAAUUUCACUAUUAAAUCGUAUGAAGUUGGUGCUAACGAAAAGGCAUCUAUUGAGACUUUGAUGAACUAUUUUCAGGACUCUGCAAUUAAUCACUUUAAGACAUUUGGAAUUCAUCGCGGUGGCUUUGGUUCCACAGAAGAAAUGAUUAAAAGGAACUUAAUAUGGGUAUUUACUCAUAUGCGAAUAGAGACUUACCGUUAUCCUGUAUGCGAUGAAGUUGUUCAAGUGGAAGCUUGGAUGUCCGUAGCUGGAAAAAAUGCUGUGCGUUGGAAUUGGCUUUUGCGAGAUUCCAAAACAUAUCAAGUCUUAAGUAAAGCGUCCAGUGGUUGUGUCAUGAUGAACAAACUGACGAGAAAAUUAUCAAAAAUACCGGAAGAAGCUAGAAGGGAGUUUGAGUCCUAUUUUGUAAAUUCCUCUCGGAUGAUUCCUGAAGAUGAUAUAAAAAACAUACCCAAACUCAAUGUCAUUACAGCAGAUUAUAUUUGUACCGAUUUAAAACCAAGAUGGAAUGAUCUAGAUAUAAAUCUUCAUGUCAGCAAUGUGAAGUACAUUGGUUGGGUUCUGGAGAGUGUUCCGGAAUCAAUAUUGACGAAUCAUGAGUUGUGUGGCAUGAGUUUGGAAUACAAGAGGGAGUGUGGUAGAGAUAGUAAGCUUCACUCUCUAACUGCAAUUUGUGGCGCCAAUAAUAACAAUGUUGAGUUUUAUCAUUUGCUUCAACUUGAAGAUCGUGGUGUUGAGAUUUUAAGGGGAAGGACUAAGUGGAGACCAAAACCAAUUAGGAAUUGGGGAUUGUUGAAGCUCCUUCUGCAACUUCAAAACCAACGCCAUUAUCUCUUCCACACCAGUUGA